GCACUACCGCCAUUGAUGUGUGUAUAUAUAUAAGAAGCUCACAAUGCUGUUCUUCGUCAUUUCCUCCUCAAUCUUCUCUCAAUUUUUGUCUUCUUGGAGGGCUUAACCCUACCCUGCUUUUGCUCCUUCAAUCAGAAAAAGAGCUUCUAUUCUAUGGCUGCGUUGACUCUGCCGUCUUCUUCUUCGUCCUUGUCGUCGUCUUUGUUCUCUGUUGGUCCCUUGACCAUGGUUGUUUUGUUCCGAAUGAGUCUCGCAUUCGAAUGUCUUCCAAUGGUGGAGUUAGAUGUGAUAUGUCCGAGUCUUUGAGGCAUGUGAACGGGAAACCAACAAUUCCAAUUGUUACUGAACGGACGUUGCCCAAGUUCUUGGAGUCAGCUCGCAUGGAGAACAGAGUUAAUAGAAGUAGUACACGUUUGAAAUUGUUUUCUGGGUCUGCAAAUCGUUUACUUUCUCAGGAAAUUGCCUGUUACAUGGGGCUGGAACUUGGAAAGAUUAACAUUAAGCGGUUUGCUGAUGGUGAAAUAUACGUUCAAUUGCAAGAAAGUGUUAGGGGAUGUGAUGUAUUCCUAGUACAGCCCACCUCCCCAGCUAAUGAGAAUCUUAUGGAGCUUUUAAUUAUGAUUGAUGCUUGUAGGAGAGCCUCAGCCAAAAAUAUUACCGCUGUGAUUCCAUAUUUUGGAUAUGCUAGAGCUGAUAGAAAGACUCAAGGGCGAGAAUCCAUUGCUGCAAAGCUUGUUGCCAACAUCAUUACUGAAGCUGGUGCAAAUCGUGUUCUUGCUUGCGAUCUUCAUUCUGGACAAUCCAUGGGUUACUUUGAUAUUCCCGUGGAUCAUGUAAAUUGCCAUCCCGUGAUUCUUGACUAUCUUGCCAGCAAGAGGAUUUGUUCUAGUGAUUUGGUAGUGGUUUCUCCUGAUGUUGGAGGAGUUGCCAGAGCUCGUGCUUUUGCCAAAAAACUAUCUGAUGCACCUUUAGCCAUAGUGGAUAAGAGGCGCCAUGGUCACAAUGUUGCCGAGGUAAUGAACCUGAUUGGUGAUGUUAAAGGGAAGGUUGCAGUUAUGGUUGAUGACAUGAUUGACACGGCUGGAACAAUUACUAAGGGGGCUGAAUUGCUACAUCAAGAGGGAGCCAGAGAAGUUUAUGCUUGUUGCACCCAUGCUGUUUUCAGCCCCCCUGCCAUUGAGAGGUUGUCCAGUGGCUUUUUUCAAGAAGUGAUAGUGACAAACACAAUUCCAGCCCCCAAAGUUCACUUUCCUCAGUUAACAGUCCUCUCAGUUGCAAACUUGAUGGCGAAACCAUUUGGCGUGUUCACGAUGAUUGUUCGGUGAGCAGCAUUUUUCAAUGACGAAACUUCAGUUUGCCUCUGCUCCCUUAUUUAUGGAGGUGUUGUGACCAACUUAUUUAACAAUUGGCAUAUAGUGUUCCCUUUUAUGUGACAAAGAAGAAAAAAAAGGAAUCUCCCUUUAAUUUAUGGCUUGGACUAAAGUCCCUGGCUGAAUGUCAUAUUUACUAGAAAAAAAUGGAAAAGGAGAGGGAGGUUCAUGUAAUAGAGAGAGAGAUUAGGAAGGUAAUUACCAAUUAGCAUAAAUUAUUACCUUUUUUUAGCAUUGGAAAUGAUUAUUGUGGACUCUAAAUCAAGGUUUCUGUCAUUAAGUUUCCUUGAAUGUAUAAAUAUUUGAGUCUCAUUUUUCAAUGUCCUUAAAUGAGAAGGAUCUGCAAUUUUGUGCCUAAUUUGGUA